CUUGCACUCUAUUUGUUCAUGUUAUAGUUGUACUCUUACCAGCCUAUACACAUAACAUAGACUUUGUAUUCUAGGCAGUCAACAAAUCAAAAUGUCCCGGGAAUCAUCCCCAAACGUUUUACUUUUUGCUGCUUUGGAAGAUUGGAAUGAUCUGGAAAAAGAAUAUGUGCAACUAGAGGUAAAAGUAUUAAUUCAUUAUUUAUCAUUAGGCUAAAAUUUAAAUCAUAAUAAAAUAAUUAGGCCAAACAAAAAAGCCUAAAGUUAGUUAAAGUUAAAGCCCUGCAGUAUGCAGCGCAUAAAUCAAAAUACAGUGGUAAAAAAAGGAUAAUGAUAGUACUGAUACAAGGGACUGGGCCGAACUAAACUCUAAACCAAGGCCAUGGCCAUAAUAAUUGCCAUUUAUAAAUUAAAUACAAAUUAAAAUAUUUAAAUAAUUAUAAUAAAUAAAAAUAUGGACUACACUAUCACUACACUAACCACUAAAUGAAAAUGACUAAAUCUACUAAUAAUAUUAAAAUUAAUAACUUAAAUUUUUCGUUGCGGAAUAUUAAAAAAAAAAAACAACACUUUUUCAAGGAGCAAAAAAGAGGGAGAGGUUGGUAGGCACUCCAACUCAAAUUUUCAAAUACAUCUGACAUACACAUAGAGCAUAUCAUUGGAAAGAGCUGGCUCUAAGCUUUCCAAUGACACCAAGAUAAUCUUUCUAUCACUUAUAGGAGAAAAGUUAUGAAUUUUUUAGUGAUUUAUUUUUCCCCACUAUUCGGCUUUGUAUUUAAUUUUUAAGACUGUGAUCGCAUUAUUACACUUUUAGUACUAUUUUGCAUGUAUCUUUUUGGCUAUUAAAGUUAGAGCUCUCAAAUUUGGAGGAAACAUUUACAAUACAAUGUUUAACAAAACAAAACACAUGAAUUGUGAAUUAACUUAUUAAAUUUGAAAAAAAUUGAUUUUAUUUGCACAUGGCGUGGAUAACGACAGUAGUCGAAAAAUUUAAUUUUACAAAAAAUGACAUAAUUACUAAACCAAUGAAGCUAUUGCUAUAAAAUUUUCAAUACAAACAGAUAAUGUCCAUCUAAAAGUAAGGCACGUUUAAAAUAAAUAAAAUGCAGAUCAGAAAAAUUUAUGCAACGUUAGAAAAAAUAUUUCAUGAAAAGCGACUGCGGCCGAGAUAUUUUUACACUUAAAUAGAUAACUUUUAAACUAAUAAAGCUAUUGCAAUGAAAUUUUCAAUACAAAUAGAUAAUGUCCAUCUAAAAGUAAGGUAAAUUUAAAAUAAAUAAAAUGCAGAUCAGAAAAAUGUAUGCGACGUUAGAAAAAAUAUUUCAUGAAAAGCGACCGCGGCCGAGACAUUUUUACACUUAAAUAAAUAACUUUUAAACUAAUAAAGCUAUUGCAAUGAAAUUUUCAAUACAAAUAGAUAGUGACAACCCAAAUGUAACAGAAUAUUCAAGUAUUACAAAAGCAAUUUAAACCAUGCUAUACAAAAUUAAAAAACAUUUUAUCUAUAAAAGUUAUUAAAUUAAUAUCUAUCUCUCAUCGACAUUAUUGUACUGGUACAUUUAAAUACAAACAUAAAAACAUCCAAUGCAAUAUAGCUAUCCACAGUAAUGGAUAGUGUCCUUGUCCACAGAUGGUAUCCUUGUCCAGCUGAAAGUAUACAAAAUAUUUAAAAAUUAAAUUUUAAAAUUAGUGAACUGAAAAUUGAAAUAAUUUCAAUCAAAAUAUAAAUUAACAAAAUGAAAAUCUCACAUAAGAACAUUAGAAACUAAAAUUGACAAUAUUAUUUCUUCAUGAUCUAUGUUAAAUAAUAUCAACUUACAAAAUAAUUUAACAGUGGUCUUAACAUAUCCUAAAGACAGAGCAAUAACUGUCUCAAAAGAUCGUGGACAUGGUUCGUGGCUCCGGAGUUCUAGCAACAGUGGCAACACUUCAUUCUCAUCGAUGGGUAGAUUAAAAACAACAUCAUUGUCAACAUCAAAUUGGGUUGUUUAUUGAUCUCCUUCAGGUUGCAAUGCAUGUCCCACGUGGAAUCUAUAGUAAAAACAAAGGAAAAUGCUCAAGACAGACUCAAGUAUAAGCUAAUGACAUUGCAAAUAUAAAUUGUUUUUUAAACAAAAAUCACUUUAAUGAGACAAAAUAAAUUAAAGGAAUGUCCCCAGUGUUAAAUAUAUUUAAUUAGGUAGUAUGAAUAUAGGUAUAGUCUUAGUUUAUCUAAUAAUAAAAGAAUAAUAACUAGGGUGGACUGACAAAAAAAAAGAUUGUUUGCAAUGAAAUCACACAAAUAAAAGAAAUUUCCUUAGUAUUAAAAUGUAUUUAUUUCAUUAAUUUAAUUCAACUAUGAAUAUAAGUCUAAAAAUACACCCUUAUAACUAAUACUAGUAGUAUUAGUUUAUCUAAUAAUUAUUAAUAGCUAAUAAAUACAUAGUUGUUGUUGAAGAGGAGUUCAUUUUUGCAAAUUGAUCAAUUUCUUGUUUAUUAUAGAAUAAUUGUAAAAACUAAAAAAAAAUUUUUUAAAUACUUUCUUGUAUAUAUUUAUAUUGUGUAUUCAUAUUAGAAUUAAAAAAAACUUUAGUUUAAUCAGAUGUUUUAAUGAUUUAGAAAUGUUUUAUUGAAAGCGUUUAUUUCCAAAUAAUUUCACCCCCCUCCGGUCAACAAAAUUAUGUAAAAAAAGAUGGCCGCCGUUUUUUCAUAACAUGUGGAUUUUUUUCUAUCGCUCAGUAUCAUAAAUUCUAGCAACAGCCAGUAAUGUUAAUAAUAAAUGCUUUCAAAAUUACUGCGAUCAAGCUAGCUUGUCUUAAAGUUUCUAUUCUUGCAUCCACUAUACAAAAAAAUUAACACGAGUUUAAACUUACCCACAGUUUGCGCUCCAACUGUUCGUCUGAGACAGGUCAGAAUGACACAGCAUUUAUACCGUCAUGACCGGAAUUCUUCAGCAAAUAAAGUUUAAGACUGAAACUUAUUUAUUUUUAGAAAAUGACGCAUAAGAACGGCAAAGCCCGACAUAUACCGAAACCCGCCCUUCGCGGCUGGUCACAGAAAUGUACCACACGAACCCCGCUGAUUUUAUCGCCCGCGUCAUCCGGUAUUGGCGUGCCUAAGGUUGGGUUUAUUUAAAAAUAUUAUUGUUUGGUUGAUAAGACCUAACUUGGUAUGAAAUGAAAGAUAAUUGAAUGCACUAUAUGAAUAUGUUUGUAAACUUAUUUAUUUCUUCAAUUUAAAUAAAAUAAGUAACAACUUAUUUAUUUCUUCAGUUUAAAUAAAAUAAGUAACAGAAAAAACCAUGAAAUGUGAAAACGUUAUUUGCUAAGCCAUUUUUCUCCAAACCCUAUGUUGUAUGCAUACCUUAUCUUCACUUCUAAAUGGAUCUAAAUAAAAAUCAUCUUCACUAUCAAAUGAAAUAGUAUAAAACAAUUCCAAAGCUUUUUGAGCUGUUAAUCGUCUAUGAAACUUACUCACCUACCAGGGCCUAGGGUAGCCAUAGCAACAGUAUUGAUAUAGAAGAAAAAGCAGUGAAGAAAAUCAUUAAAAUAAUGCUUCAAAUGACAACAAAUAAACCUUGGUUUCCCUUAUAAACAAUGAAGUACCACUACUCUAUGUAAAAGUCUUAUUAAAAAAUAGCUCUUAAAAAGUUUAACCGAGAAAUAACAAAGAAACAAACAUGAUUUUGAAACAAUGCACAGCGCGUUGGUCCAUGCCUUUUAGAAUUGCAGAUGAAGGUACAGUGCACUGCGCCGCAGCGAAAGAGUUAUCUUUCAUUUCAUUAAGGGUUUAGAAAUUCAUAUGUCAUACCUCUUAGUUAGGCUAGAACUACUAGAGAUGGGGAAAGCACAAUUAUCAUUAAGACCAAUUAUGAGCUUCAUUAUAUGAUGAUUUAUUGAUAAGACUACCAUUUGUUAAAAAUUCCUCUGCUUUUGUUUGUAAUCAUUGCACAAGAAAUUAUUUCUACAGUGUAUUAAUUUUAUGAGUUUUGUAAGUUUUAGGGUUGAACAAUUUUUAAAUGAAGUUUCAGGUUUCAAUAAAUUUUUAGAAAGGGAUUUCAGGGUUCACAAACUUUCAGUGAGUGGCACUGCUGCUCUAUGUGCUUUCCCCCCCCUCCCCCCUUUUUUUUUGUCUCCAAAAAUCCUAGCUAUGCCACUCAUCCACUUAAAGCAUCUAUUUUCUCCUCAUAAAUUUUUAGACAUUUUUAAUCAGAAUAUAACCAGUGUUAUACCGUUUUUCCUAUAUAUAUGACAGGCCAUAUUUUCUGUUAAAAAUUAUGGAUGAAUAGACACGAAGCUUAAUUUUAUUUGACCAUGAAUUACUUAGGCCUAUUAGUUCCGUGCAGGCCUGUUUGACACCUUUUCAAAUAUACCCAACAACAAAACGUUAAUAGUGCAUGCUAAAUCCAGUUAAAUUUAUUGAUUGUUAAAAAAAAAAAAAACAGAGAGAGAAACUUGACUUUCAGAGUCUAGGACCCAGGAGAAGCAUACAUCUAAUAUGGGUUUAACAUUACAUAGCCAGCAUAGGGACCUAUAACUGUCUUUGCAUUGGCCAUGUAUUGUAACUGUGCUGAUUGUUUAUUGUUGUAGGCCCAGGUGUUGGGACACCUUGAGCUUCAUGGGCCAGGAGAUUGAACAUGUAGAAGUACAAUGACUAUAAUAACAAGAAAAUUCCAGUAAUUCAGCUCCCACAGCCAUGUUUCAAAAGGGAAAAAGAUUUAGCUGGCUUGGAAAGUGCAAAAUGGCUUAGUGUUAGAUGAAAACAUAGAUUUUGAAAAUUAGUUUGGUUGCAAUAAUUUCAUUGCGAUUCAUUAACAAGAUGCCUGAUUUCCCUUUGUCUUUAAACUGUUCUACUUAUGAUUUAUUUUCUAGCAAGAGCAUAAAAAUUACUGUGACCUGUUGGCUAAACUUAGUGCCGCUCAAAAGAAAUGUCUUGCACAGAUUGCUCACCACAGAUACAGAUUAAAAUGUAUUGGAGACAAUAUUGCCAGGUAAUCUUCAAAUUUUGUAGUAAUUUUGAAUUGUAUUCAGUAAAAUGUGUUUUUAAAUAUAAAAAGAUUUUGGUUCUUCAGCUUCAUUACAAAUUGCUGUAGAAUUUGGCUUUUUUUUAUGUAUUAGAAGAGUAUUAUUAUAGUACACCAGAAAUGUGCACAAGUAUUCUAGUUUAGUCUCAUAAUGCCAAGCUUAUAGCUUUUAAAGCUAAAAGUUAAUUUGUUUUAUUUCCAAGAGCCACUAAAGGCUCCCCAAGUGAAGAGGAGAAAAAGCAAGCAGCAGAUCUUAAAGUAAAAAUGACUGAACGGAAAAUAAAUUUUCAUGAGAUGGAAGAGAAUCUGCCACAUAAAAAUGGGUGAGUUAUAUUGGCAUGCUUACAUUUUUCUUUGAAAUAUCUAUUUUUAAUUUUUAUUAAUUAUUGAAAAUUGGCUUUGAUUUUCUUCUUAUAUAAUGUACACCACUUAAAGUCAACAUUGUAUUCUGAUAAAUUAAAUUUUUUAUAAUUUUUUUUUUUUUGGUAAUCACUAAUGUAUAUAUUUUUCAAAGCUUGUGUAACGUUAUAUAGUUAAUAAAUUUUGUGGGCCAAAUCUGUAGUGUCUGGAAAAAUUAUUCCAGACUGUUAUUUUCUAAAUAUUAGCGAGCUAUAUUUAAUGACAUGUUUUUAGGGUAUAGUUCAUCUUCAUAGAUCUACUUUUUUAAAAAUAUAUACAUAUUUAUAUAUAAAUUGUGCACUAUUUUUUAAUCUCUCCCUUUGUGACUUUACUGAAUAUUAGUCUGAAAUAAUUUAUUUUUGUUCUCCUCUGGCAGUCUGUACCUGAGGAUAAUUUUAGGCCAAGUUAAUGUUUCACUUCUCACAAAAGAGGCAAAGUAAGUAGAGAAUGUUAUGUGUCACUAUGUCACCCACUUAACAAAAAUGUCUUCAAGAGUUUGGUCUUUGAAAAGGUUCCAUUCUUAUCUUGAACGUCAAACAAAUCCCUGUAUUGAAGCAAUAAAUACUUUACUGUGUGGAAUAGUUGUUCGUCAAUUAUUCACGAAGUGCUGGUUGGGACCAAAAAAUCCAGUGGACUUUCCCCAAUGUCAUUUAACUAGAGAUAAAUUUAGAAAAUAUGUUUUAUGCGUAAUGUGCCUUUAAAACAUUUAACACACAGGUUUAUCUACAAGAAAGACUAUGAGACAUUUAAGCUUACAGUGAGCUACAUCAUCCUGGCAUUAUCAUUUGUGGCAGCAUUUGCUGUGAGCUCAAGGUAAAUGAUAUGGCUUAGUGAUUCUACAUUAUUUAUACAUAAACACGAGAGUCGGUUCUACAGAGACCUAGACUCUUUUUCUCCUAGUAAAUUCAAUGAACACAUAUUUUGUUUAACCGAUGUAAUGAAUUUAAAGUUUUAUGGACAAAAUAAAAUUGUUACAGGUGGUGUGAUGCUGUGGUCAAUUUUCUACUAGUGUGGUACUAUUGUACACUGACUAUAAGAGAAAGCAUAUUGAGGGUGAACGGUUCAAGGUAAAUUGCAUCAUUAUCUUUAAGAAACUUCAAAAUCCUUUCUCUUCUUUGAUGAGAAAAAGCUUUAGAAAACCAUUUCCCUUUAAUUCCUAAUCAAGCAUUAAAAAAAUGUUGUUGACCAAAAUAUCAUUGCUGUAUAUAUUGAAAUCUGAAAUAACCGUUUCGCUUACAUUUUGUUUUCCAUUUCAGGAUUAAAGGAUGGUGGAUGACUCAUCAUUUCAUAUCAACAGUUUGUGCUGCGAUCAGCCUCAUAUGGUAAGAAAGGAAUUGUUUAUUUUGUCUGACUCUGUCACUCAUUUGAAGAGCUUUGACCUUAUGUUCGGCGUUGAACUGUCAGUAGAAAUUCUAUUGAUUCCGUUCUUUUAAAUACAUCAUAUUUGAAAUACAUUUAUUUUUUUUACCAUGAAUAUAAUAAUGUAACCUUAAUUACAGAAUAAGUCCAAUGUCCUUAAUCCUACGUGUUGCUGACAUGCAACCAAAUUCUUUUUAUCUGGAACUUGAAAGAAAAAUUUUAUUCAACUCUUUUAUAUGAUUGAGCCAGUCUCUGACAUUACUUUCAAAUUCUUUUUUUCUCCUUUGAAACAUAAUUUAUAGUGGAGAAGAGAUGUGUUAUUAUUUUUUGUUUUCACUUAGAGGUAACCCGAUGCGGUUAGAAAUAAUCAUUUGCAUUUAUCCUUUGCCAUUUUCCAGGCCAGAUGGUUACACUUAUUCUCAGUUCCGUUAUCAGAACAUACUCUUUGUUAUGUACAUAAGUAAGUGAAACAUUAGAUUCUUUUUAUGUUAAUAUGGUUAAAGUGAGCACAAAUAAACCAUUUUGUAGAUAAAUUAGUUCAUUUGCAAAGCUUUUAGAAAUUUUUAUGUUGAGAAUAUUUCAAACAAUUAAUGUUUGAAGGUAAAUUUUUAUCAGCAUUAUGUGAGAUUGGCAAUAAUAAUUCUUUCUAUAUUCCUAGGUUUUAUCUACGUGCUUCAAUAUUACUACCAAAGUGGCUGCUUAUAUAGACUUAGAUCACUUGGUGAAAGUCAUGAGAUGGACAUUACAGUCGGUAAGUUAGUUAGUCCCAUUGAUCUAUAGACUUAGGUCACUUGGCAAAAGUCAUGAGAUGGACAUUACAGUCAGUAAGUUAGCAAGUCCCAUUUCUUAGGUCACUUGGCAAAAGUCAUGAGAUGGACAUUACAGUCUGUAAGUUUCAAGUUGUGUCGUCGGAUAUUGUAGGCAAAAAUUUGAUGUCUUGAUUAAAGCAUUUCCAUUUCCUCAUCCUUAACUGUUAUAAUCUCUUUAGAUCACAAGAUGAUAGUUUAUUUUUAGUUACAGGACAAUGAAUUUCCAGUGAAGUAAUCUAGUUUGUAAUCUUUAAUUGAACCAUUCUGUUUCUUAUUAAUUGAUAAGGAAGUUUGACAUUUCAUUUUUGAUAUUUUACUCUUUUUUUUUUAUAUAGUUUUUGUCUUGUUAUCUUAUCUUUCAGAGGGUUUCAUGUCAUGGAUGUGGAAAGGUUUGUCAUUCUUGCUGCCCUUCCUAUUCUUUGGAUAUGUAAGUAACUUCAUUUAAUCAAUUUUGUUGCUGUAUUCUGUUGAUUGAUAAGUAACUUUGGUGUUGUGUUGGCUUCAACAGUUUGCACUGUCAAAACAUUGUGUAAUAUAAAACAUUACAUAAUAUAAAACAGUGCGUAAUAUAAAGCAUUGCAUAAUAUAAAAUAGUGCGUAAUAUAAAACAUUACAUAAUAUAAAACAUUGCAAAAUAUAUAACAUUGCGAAAUAUAUAACAUUGCGUAAUAUAAAACACUGUAUAAUAUAAAACAUUGUGUAAUAUAAAACAUUUCGUAAUAUAAAAACAUUGUGUAAUAUAAAAACAUUUCGUAAUAUAAAAACAUUGUGUAAUAUAAAAACAUUGUGCGAUGUAAAACCAUUGUGAAAAGUGCAAAGUAACUUUUUUGCUUGUUGUCAGGUAUCAUAAAUAAAAUAUUUAGAAUGGAUUACCGUUUAGUAGUGAUAUAAUAUCUGAUUUAUGCAGGUAAAGUUUAUGGUGUUUGGUUAUAUGUGGAAAUGUACCCAGUCUGCUUGAAGUACUAGCACAUACUUUUUGAGCCAGGAAAGUUAACACAGCUUUCAAUUUUAUGAUCAAUGUCAAAAUGUCUUUGAUAGAUGUAAAUCUGUUAACUGCCAUAUUUUACUUCCACUAUGUAGCCACCAAACAACAAUGGGUUGGAGUUACUGCCCUGCCCAUUGCUUAAUCACAUUCUUUAGCAGUCAUCCACACACACACGCACUCAAACAUCCACACCUUUUUCCCCCCUUUCUGUUUUGUUUUCUCAUCUUGAACAUCAUCCAUGUUCAUCCGGUCUUGACAGUCGGGGCCUCAGAUGUACUCUGGUCUUGUCCGUUGUUGACCGCUUAUCUUGUCUUGUCAGCAGGAUGGCUGCUGGUGACAUAUUGUUUGUCAGUUGUACCCAGUGGAUACUCAUUGAAAAGCCGAGUUGAAAUUUUGUAUAACAUUCAAGCAAUAAUUUAUCAGCAGCAUGCCUAUAAUAUUAUUGAUAUAUAAUAAUAAUAAUAAAGAUUAUUUAAAAAAUCACGCUUCAUCCCCAAAGGCUCGAAGCGCAGUACAUACCACAUUGAAGUACACAAUUCAACAAAACUACAUACAAGAAUACCCAUUCUAAGUCUUUCAUGCCUUGCAACCGUAAACAACACAGGCCAAUAUACAUCUAAAAGACAAUAGCUAGAUAGGCAAUAUAAUCAGUAUCAUUUUCUUCCAUUUGUCUUGUUUCUAUUCCCCCCUCAGUUUUUCCAGUUGUAUAAUGCCUACAGCUUAUUCAAACUGGCAUAUCAUCCUAACUGCACAGAAUGGCAGGUAAAGGUGGUUUAUAUUAUAUCCAAUAUAUUUUUAAAAUUUGCUCAGCAUUUUCAUAGGAGAGUGGUAAUCUGAAAACAUUAGUUUACUGCAGGGGUGUGCAACCUUUUUUACAUGAUGAGCCGUUUUGUUAUACUGGGGGUAUUAUAUCUGUUAAGAAAUUAUUAUAAGAUAAGAUAAGAUUCUUAUAUUGAUCUAAACAAAUAGAAAUAUUUUUUUUUUAUUGCAUUGUACAUAUACAUUUUCAGCACAUAAAUAAAUAUAUAUUUAAUUAAAGCCCACGUUUUUAAACUAAAACAAUUUUAACACAAGACAUCUACAUUAAAUUAUUUCACUAGGGGAAAAAAACAGCCAUCCACAUACCAUUAGAGACUAAUAAAAUUAAGAAGAGGAAGUAUUGCUUAAAAUGUGAAACCAAAAUUAUAUUUGAUGCAUUUAAAAAUAUAACCCACCUUGGGCAUUGUGUGGGGCAUAUAAAAAAUCUUGAUAAGCUUGAUGUAGCGUGUUAGUUACAGUCGGAAAAAAAAUUGUAAUUCAUUUUUUUAUUAUCAUUAAAUCUCCUGAGUCCUAUGUGACAUAUUAUGUUGUAAGUAUUCUUAUAAUGUUGUCCACUGGCUAACACGAUCCUGUGCUGUGCCUUUCAGGUGUUGGCUCUGGGUCUCAUUCAUCUCUUUCUGUUUGUGGGCAACACGUUCACCACCUCCAUGGUUGUCGUCAACAAGAUCAAGGCAGAUGGAUUCCAGAUCCCCAUCCUCAAAAACAAAUACAAGUUUGGCAUUGGCAUUGGGAAUUUCCUCAGCCAAGGUCACGGCCAUGCAGAGUAACUUUUACUUGGUGACCUGGUGCAGGAGGAAACACAAUCACUUGUACAUUUUAAUGCUUAUUUUUAAUUUUGUUCAAAAAAAAUGUGUCGAGGCUUUGAGGGAAUUUCCCAUGGUAUAGUUUUCUGUUACUAAUCAUAUGGCAAACAAGUUGUGUUUAACUGUACUGUCAUAAGGUUUUGCUACCAGCACUGUGUUUAGACAUUAACAAAGAUGAGACAGAUAUUUGCAUCCUGUAAUGGUUGGAUGUCAGUACAGUAGUGGAAAUACAUAUUUUGAAGAAAAAAAAUUUUUUUUUGAAAGUUUGAAGUCUUAACAUAGUUUCAUUCUCCUUGCUGGGUAUCAGAUGAUGGGAAAUCUUAAAGGUUGACAUUAUGUCACGAGACAGAACCAUAACAGUGAAUCUGGGGGGUGUUUUUAAAAAAAAAAAAAUGAAAUGUAAAUACUAUGUUCUCUGUAUGUCUUUACAUAGUGGUCUUGUGCAACAUGUUUUUGUAUCAUGAAUUAAUAUUUAUUAAUCAACUCGUAGUGAAAUAAUAUCUUGAGUAAAUGAAUUUUUUAAUAUGCUGAGUUUUAUUACCUUCAAACCCGACUGGAAAACCUUUCUAGUUUUAUCAAACGAACAUUGUCACAUUUGUGCUGAAAGGUAGCAUGCUAGAAAAUAUAAACAUAUAUAUAUCUAUAUCUUUUAAUUAAAAUGAAGGCUUCUUUCGAACUGAAUGGUUGACUUGGGAGGGAAGAAUUUUACUGAUAUUCUGUUUAUUAUUUAUAAUUUUGGAGCAUUCUGUUGUAAGAAAUGUAACUAAAGAAUGCCUGAAGACUGUCACAAGACUAUCACCCUGUGAAAGGUAAAAUGAGUUCCAAGUUUUUUUUUUGUAUGUUCCACUGACAGCUGUGUUUGCAUUAUCAUUCUGACAGACAUGUCUUCUUCCUCUUCUAUGUUUUGAGGGCCCACGAUCAAUGUAUUGGUCAUUCUGGCUACUGUCGAG